AUGAGCUUGUCGUGUCUUUAUGAUUUGCUGCAGCACGGCCCCGAGGAGAUGCGUGGAGUCACUGUGACGCCAACGCCAGCCCCGAAGAAGGGCCUGACAGGUUCAACAGGAGCAGCAACUGCUGCUUCUGCAACAGCUGCUGCUCCUCCGUGUGGUUUGGGGACACUUUCUGAGCUUACGGAAGGGGAGGUGAGCAGCAGGAGCAGCUUGGGCAGCUCCUCAAGCAACAGCAGCAGCAGCAGCAGCACCUGCACCUCUUCUCCUGCUCCUUGUCAGUCACCAUUCUCCUUCACAGGGUCGACGGCGGGGUGUGCCGCAUCAGCAGGAGGACCAACGCUGGGUUCCGUGGGGCAGCAAGGAGGCCUUCAAGAGAGGGACUUGCUGGAGGUGGGGGUGCGCCAAGACAUCGAUGACAAGGCUCAACAGGCAAAUCGCGGCCAGCAUCAAACCGAUAACAGGCAACAGCAACAGCAACAGCAACAGCAGCAGAAGGGAGUGGCAACCUACCUGCCAGGCACUACGCCCCCCCAAACAGUUGCUGGGCCAUCCUGGACUUUUGAGGGAGGUGCCCUUUGCCCAGACUACCCUGUACAGACACCCGCGGUUACUGGGAGAGAGCAGCAGCAGCAGCAGCAGCAGCAGCAGGGGCGACUUAUGGGACAAAAUAGCAAGGCGCUGAUGCAGCAACGCCAUAUCACAGGACAGAAAGCAACAGCUCUUCCGCCGAUAGCUAGGAAGCUGCCUAAAGGUGUGCAUCGGCAGCUACGACAGCAGCAGCAACAGCAACAGCAACAGCAACAACAGCUGCUCCUGCUGUCACAACGCCAAGGACGGUUCAACCACAAAGACUUGCAGCAACAGCAACAGCAGACAGCGCAGGGCCGUCAGAGGAGACCUCUGCUGCCGCAGCAACAGCAGGUGCAGGCAGCCCAUCAGCUGUACUCUUGGAUGCCCCGCCAGCAGCGGCUGCCGUGGGAGGGUCUGCAGCAGCAACGACCGCAGCAGCAGCAGCUUCCGCAGCACGAGCUUGGCGGAAACAUUCAGCAUAUUCUCACCCAGCCGCCCGUCCUACCUCAAGAAGCCAUGUUGCUUUUGCAGCAGCAACAACAAGCAACUAAUGGAGUUGUGCAGGAGGGUAUUUGGCAGCAAGAGCAGCACCAUUUGCACCCGCUGGCCCAAGAUGGCGCCACGGUAUUUGACAGGGCUCUCGGUGCUGAUCCUGCGAACUCGUUGCUGCAGCCCCUGCAACAGCAACAACUACAACAGCAGCAGAGAACGGCGAAGGACGCUGCGUUCGGACCGCAGCAUGCACAGCAGCAGCCGCAGCAACAGACGGCAUGGAAGACAGAGAGGCUUUUAUCUCUUUGGGAGCAGCCAGAUGUCUGCUGGAGUGGCAGCAGUGAGAUGCAGCAACAACAGCAACAGCAAGGACCAGAAGCCACACUUUCUAGCGACACUGACUUUGUGGAGAGUCCCAUCUCAGACAGUCUGGUAUUGCUGCCGCAGCAGGGCCUGCAGAGCCCUGCUGUGCGUGAUGGGCUCGAACAAGAGCAGCAGGAGCAGCAGCAGGAGGAGCAGCAGCAGCACGAAGACUCUCUGGAGGUGGUUUGUGGAGGAGGUGGGGUGGCAGCUGCAGGGGUACCAGGGACAGCAGGAGGGGACGACGGGCUGCAGCUGGUGUCUUUUCCGUCAGGAGGCGGAGGUAACGGAGGCCGACCAGGCCCGCUGGAUGCCACGGACUGCAGCCGUGCGUUUCAGGCAAGUGGCGAAAGUCCUUGUUCAAUUCUCUUUUCAGGGCCUCAGCUGUUUAACGUAACGGCAGAGGCGGAGUGA